CCCAUCAGCAAAGGUCAGAAGUGAAAAAUGUUUGGGAAUCCAAUUUAGAUUGGAAUACCAAUAAGGGAAGCGGAAGCAAUCUUUCUCAUGAUAAGAUGCAACUAAUAGAAGAACUCUCGCUUGGUCCUGAGCUCACUCUCUCGCUACCGAGCUGCGGAAAGCUCGACGAGGAGCUUGAGGAGCUGCUGACCCAGAGUGUGGAGCAGACAAUGAGCUCGCUUACACUCGACUGCCAAUGCCUUCCUGAGGUUACACCGUUCUGUACAGACCACUGCCACAGAGUCUUGCAAGAAAGUUCAGUACGUCUGCAGUACCAGCCACCACUACCAGUGCUUGACGUAGAGAGCUUUUGUCACUCUUCUUUACAACAUCCAGCUGUGCACCUACAAAUUGAUCACUGCGGAGAAGAUAAAGGUUUUGUCUGUGAGUGGCCCGGAUGUGGUAAGGUGUACGCCAAGUCGUCCCACCUGAAGGCCCACCUGCGCCGGCACACUGGUGAGAAGCCCUAUAGGUGCUGCUGGGGCGACUGUCCCUGGCGCUUCUCACGAUCUGACGAGUUGGCGCGACACCGACGCUCUCACAGCGGCGACAAGCCGUACCCCUGCGCCCUGUGUGGCAAACGCUUUGCCAGAUCUGACCAUCUCGCCAAACACACAAAAGUACACCGUCGUCAACGAUGGAACAAGUCUUUUGUGAACUUGUGACCCAUUCUUUAAAUUCACCGAGUAGUACGGGAUGCCAAUAUAAGUCAUAGAAUGGCAGUUUGAGCAAUACUUGCCAUCCUAUAAACAUCAGGAUCCUUACGUUUCUUUACAUUUUAAUAUUUCUUAACCCAAAAGGUUGAUGCAAAUUUUGACGACCAUACAGUAUCCUAAUCAUUAAGACAUCAUACCAAUUAUCAACCUAUCUGAAUAAAAAGCUUUCAAGCACCUGUAGAAAUAAGUCAAAUUUACCUAAAAUUGCUUUCACAAUGUUCGUGAUGACAGAUGACUUAACCAUAGAUGCAUGAUGUUUCCUGUAAAGUUGAUAUCACUACUCAGGUGCUCAAGACCUUCAGUGAAUACCUAGGUGAAUG